AAAAGUUUCCCACCUCAGCCUGUAACCCUUCUGGACAUCUAUACGCACUGGCAACAAACCUCGGAGGUUGGCCGGAAGCGGAAGGCAGAGGAGGAUGCAGCACUGCAGGCCAAGAAGACCCGUGUGUCAGACCCCAUUAGCAGCUCGGAGAGCUCAGAGGAGGAGGAGGAAGAGGCAGAAGCUGAAACCGCCAAAGCCACCCCAAGACUGGCUUCUACCAACUCCUCAGUCGUGGGGGCAGUAUUGCCAUCCAACAUGAAAGAAAAAGCCAAGGCAAAGGCCAAGCAAGUCAACAAGACAGUGAACUCCACACCACACCCUGCCUCAGGGAAGGCAGUGGCCCACGCCCCCUCUGGGAAGUCACCCAAAAAGUCAGCAGGGCCCUCAGCAAAUACCAUCCUGUUCAUAGAAAGUGAGGAGGAGAGCAGCGUCCCGGCCCUCGGAACCACUGCCAAGCCUGGAGUGGCAUCGGCGGGCCAGAUCGACAGCGCCAGCGAGGACACCUCCAGCUUGAGCGAUGAGACAGACGUGGAGGUGAAACCCUCGGUAAAACCACCGCAGGCCAAAGCCUCGCCAGCCCCUGCCAAGGAGUCUCCAGGGAAAAGGCCCGCUACAACCCCUGGGAAGGCAGGGAAUGUGGCACCCCAAGUCAGGGGAGGUGCCCUGACCCCAGCCAACAGGGCCAAGAAGUCAGAAGAGGACUCGGAAAGCAGCGAGGAGUCUGAGAGCGAGGAGGAGGCCCCUGCAGGGAAACCUGGCCAGGCGAAGUCCUCGGGGAAGCCCACCCAGGUCAAAGCUGUCUCAGCCCCCGCCAAGGAGUCCCCGAGGAAAGGGGUCAUCCCAGCACCCCCUGGCAAGGCAGGCCCUGCAGCUGUCCAGGCCAAGGCAGGGAGGCCGGAGGACUCGGAGAGCAGCAGUGAGGAGUCGGACAGCGAGGGGGAGGCGCCAGCAGCUGUGGCCCCAGCCCAGGCCAAGUCCUCGGGGAAAGUUCUUCAGGUCAGAUCUGCCUCAGGCCCCACCAAGUGCCCCCCCCAGAAGGCAGGGCCUACAGCCACCCAGCUCAAGGUUGAAAGGCCCAAGAAAGACGUGGAGAGCAGCAGUGAGGAGUCAGACAGUGAUGAGGAGGCAUCCACAGCUGUGACUCCAGCCCAGGCAAAACCAGCUAUGAAAACUCAGGCCACGGCCUCCCCAAGGAAAGGCACCCCCAUUACGCCUGCAUCUGCCAAGGCCCCCCCAGUUCGAGUGGGCACACCAGCCCCCUGGAAAGCAGGAAAGGGGAAUUCACCAGCUUGCACAUCGUCCCCAGCUAUGACCAGAGGCACCCAGAGGCCAGAGGAGGACUCUUCAAGCAGCGAGGAGUCAGACAGUGAGGAGGAGACAGCUCCUGCCGCAGCACAGGGCCAGGCAAAGUCUGUGGGGAAAAGCCUCACUCCCACCAAGGGGCCCUCAGGACAAGGGAAGGCAGGGCCUUCCAUGGCCCAGGUCAAAGCUGAGAAGCACGAAGACUCCGAGAGCAGCGAGGAGGAAUCAGACAGUGAGGAGGCUGCCUCUGCUCCAGCACAGGUGAAGGCCUCUGUGAAAACCUCUCAGAGCAAAGCCAACCCAGCUUCUAUUAGAGGGGCUUCAGCCAAAGGGACAGCGUCAGCUUCCGGGAAAGUGGUCGCUGCAGCUGCUCAAGCCAAACAGGUGUCUCCAGACAAGGUAAAGCCACCAGUGAGAACCCCCCAGAGCAAUGCUCUCUCCGUGAGGGGCCAGGUGUCCGUGCCAGCUGUGGGGAAGGCAGUGGCCACAGCAGCCCAGGCCCAGCAGGAGCCAGUUGAAGACUCAGAGAGCAGUGAGGAGGAGUCGGACAGUGAGGGGGACGCAUCUGCUCAGGCAAAGCCCUCAGGGAAGACCACCCAGCUCAGAACUGCCUCAGCUCCCAAGGGGUCCCCCAGGAAAGGGGCUGCCCCAGCACCCCCCGGGAAGACAGGACCCACAGCCCCCCAAGCUAAGCAGCAGAAGGACUCGGAGAGCAGCAGCGAGGAAGAGUCGGACAGUGAUGGGGAGGCACCAGGGGCUGUGACCCCAGCCCAGAAGGAGAGUAACUCCAAAACUGCCAAAAGCAAGACCCUGGCCCCAGCAGCCUCGGAGAAGAACGCCGAGGGGUCCUCAGAAAGCAGUGAGGAGNCAUUUAAAUAUUGGAGGAAGGUCAUUCCAGGCAGGGAGCACAGCAAGUGCCAAGGCCCUGUGGCAGAUCAGAGUGUGCAGACCCUGUCCACAGGGGACCGCUGCUCCUCAGCUUGGGCCAGUUUUGUUGUGGCCAAGGGCUACCCUGUGAAGGCCUCGGAGAAACUUGUCCAGGUCAGACCUGCCUUAGAUCCUGCCAGGGGGACUCUCGGGAAAGGGGCCACCCCAGCACCCCCUGGCAAGGCAGGGCCUGCAGCCGUCCAGACCAAGGCAGGGAGGCCGGAGGAGGACUCGGAGAGCAGCAGUGAGGAGUCGGACAGCGAGGGGGAGGCGCCAGCUUCCAAAACCCCACUUCAGUGUUUUUUGUUUUUGUUUUUCAAGGUGAUUAAAACCCCUCUGAUUUUUAUCGAACUUAAUCGUAGUCCAGCUUGCCCAGCUGCUACCCCCACACCAGCCCAGGCUACAAACACCCCACGGAAGGCCCAGGCCUCGGAGAACACAGCCAGGAGCUCCUCCUCAGAGAGCGAGGAUGAGGACGUGAUCCCUGCUACGCAGUGCUUGACUCCUGCCAUUAGAACCAACGUGGUGUCCGUGCCCAAGGCCCACCUAAGAACAGCCCUCGGAGCCAGCGUUGCUGGGACCAAGAUUAGUGAGGAGUCCAGUCGGGUGACAGAAGGCAAGAAACAGAAGGCACCAGCCACUCAGGUGACAAACAGGAACCUGGCUCACCUUCCACUGACCCAGGCUGCCCUGAAGGUCCUUGCUCAGCAAGCCAGUGAGGCCCAGCCUCCUGCUGCUAGGACCCUGACUUCAAGUGGGACUGACAGUGCUCUGGGAGCACUCCCUGUGGCAAGUCCCCAGAGCACCCCUGUGCCAGCCAGAGUGACCAACAAGCUCAGAAAGCACGAGGCUUCUGCAGUGCAGCAGUCCACGGCCCCUCCCUCGGGAUGCCCCCGAGUCAAGGCCCCUGAGACCUCAGAUGACAGCAGCAGCUCUUCAGGGAACGAGGAGGACGCCGAAAGGCCCCAGGUGGCCCCGUUGGCCCACAGGCAGGCAGGUCCAGCCCCCUCCAAGAAGGACACCUUGGUGGAGGAGACCACAGCCGAGUCCAGCGACGACGAGGUGGUGGCGCCUUCCCAGUCUCUCCUCUCAGGUCAUGUGACCCUUGGACUGACUCCGUCCAUUUCCCAGGCUGCAAAGGCCAUUCCCAAGCCAGAACCCUCCUCCUCGGUUUCCUCUGUUCCGGCCACCAAGGAUGCCCCAGAUGGCAAGCGGGAAGUGGAGCCCCAACAAGCAGCCACUAUGUCCCCUAAAACAGGCAGAAGAGAGGCUAGCACCACAGCUCAGAAGCCCAGGAAGGGGGCCGGGAGCCGUCAAGCCUCAGUGCUGGCGCUGCAGAGUGCCAUCACCCAGCGCCUCCUGAGUGAGCCCCAGGUCCAGGCCACUGUGGUGAAGGUCCUGACGGAGCUGGUGGAACAGCAAAGGAAGAAGGUCAUGGAUGCCACCAAGGAGAGCAGCAAGAAGGGCCGGGUGGGCCACAAGCGGAAGCUGUCAGGAGACCAGGCAGCGGUCAGGACCCCCAAGAGCAAGAAGAAGAAGCAGCCGGAGGCCGGGGAAGACAGGGAGGGCGCUGCCUCCCCGGGAAAGGCCCCCAGGACUACCAAGGGGAAAUCUAAGGGAAACGCAGCAAGUGGCGACAGCAAGGAGAAAAAGGAGGAGCCUCCUGGCCCCCAAGGGGUCAAGGAGAAGCCAGAAGGGGAGCCAGAAAUGGUGAAGGUUGAGGGUGGAGACCAAGCCGACCUGAAGAGCAAGAAGGAGAAGAAAAAACCUGACAAGAAAAAAAAAGACAAGGAAAAGAAGAAAGCCAAAAAGGCCUCAAUCAAAGACCCUGACUUACAAUUCAAGAAGAAAAAGAAGAAAAAGAAGAAGACAGCAGAACAGACUGUCUAAGGGGCGCAAGGCAGCAGAAGAAGAUGGCCAGCCACAGUGUUCGUGCUGGCCGAGCCCGGGAGCCCUGCCGAGGAGGACGACGAAGUCCACUCACUGACCCCGCGCCUGACUUCUGUCCUGACACAGGAUGCUGCGUAUAGAUGUGUACAGUAUAUAUAUAUAUUUUUUUAAGUAACCCGCCUCUCCCUUCUCAGACCCAACAUGCACAGAGACCUUGGGACUGUCCACCUUUUUGUCCUGCAGACCGAGGAAGGCCCAGCUUGCCACUCCGUCCAUGUCCCUGGUCCCUGGCUGACACUGAAAUUUUGUCCCCCUCUUGUCAGUUUUUUCCCAUUUUGUGGUGUUUCUUUUUUAAGAACUCAAAAUAAAAAGACUUGAAGGAAAGGUGCAAGUUCCUGAUGCACCUGGGGCAGAUGUUUUGCAACUGACUUAUUCUUGGAAGGGAGAGUCUGGCUGACACUUGAAGGUGAACAAACCAUCGCUCAGGAUUUGUUCUUGGUUGUGUAUGAAGCCCCUGGGAUGCUGUGGUGAGUGGAACAGAACCGUUUUCCUCAGUCAAGUGUCUGGUGCUCAGUUGGGGUGGGGAAGGCUUCCUGGAGGAGGUGGCAUCUUAGCUAAGGGAGAGCUCAGGCAUGACCAUGGUGGGUAGGCCAGGCAGAUAUCCCGAGGUAAGGCAUGGAAGAGCCACCUUUUGAAGUUAGGACUUGAGUUGGGGGAAGGUCCUUUUGAGGUAUCUGGUCGAGAAUAGCUGUGGCAAGAGCAGGAAAACCAGUUAGGACUGAGUUGCUCUUGUGUCCAGGUAAUAAAGGUUCUGUAAUGAUGAAGGCAGGAAGUGGAGGAACUCGAAAUGUAUGUCAGGGUGACAUCUUCAGGACUUGGUGGCAGCCGGCAAUGCAGAGGCCCACUUCCUGGGCCCAGAGCAGUGUGGAGCACCUGAGGUCGCGGAGAUUGUUCUCCACGGUUUUCAGCCUUCUGCUAGACAGAGAGGCCAUGCAGAAAGAGAGCACUGAGCUGGGUGGUCUUAGAGGCCCAGGUUGGCAUCCGGCUGUACCCUUAACCCAGGACCCUUGGGCAAGGCCCUCAGCCUCUGUCUCCGUAAGCGUGUUGGUCUAGGAACAGGCCACAAAGUAGUGUCUAGUUGGGCUUCGUUGAAACGGAGAGUUUUCACUGAAUGUCCUGAUUUGGGGCGCCUCUUGAAAAGAAAUCUGGCAACAGGGGCCUCUGCUAUCCCCUGGCAACAACCGGCUGGGGUCCUCUGUGGUUGCCAUCUGUCAUCAGGCUCGUCCUUAGUAUGGCAUUGAAAAUGGGGGUAUGGGAAAAGGCAAGUUGGACCAAGAGGAGAUGGUGCUUAGGAACUUUGGGCAAGAACUUACUUCCUUUUGGAAGCAGAGUGUUCCUCUGUGUUAAACAUGGAAACCAAGUGUGUCUGUGUCCAAAGACGGCAGCACCCCUCCCUGCCUGGCCCCACAGGCAUGUGUGUUUGGGCUCCCUGAGCUGCGUCCCCCAGUCCAGACCACUGGAUUCAAGGCCUUCUGUCACCUCCUUGUGGUAAACAAGCCAGAUCCCAACAGAACACCCAGCAGCCGGAAGUGUCUACUUUCUACCUUUAUUCUCACAGGAACCACAGCCCUAAGGGCUGAUGACAAGCUUGCUGCAUAGAGGGAACUGGGGGCUGGCGGAGAUUGGGGAGAGGUUAUGGGUGGAGAGGAUGGUUCUUCCUGGUGAGUGAUGCUGGAGAGAGGGAGAGGGUGACUCGUGCCCCCAAGUUCCAUAGGCUGCAAAGCCAGAGGGGAGGGACAGCAAACGUGUUGGGCCUGGGGCCUGGGGGAGCUCCACCCCCUCUCCUUGCACCUGCCUCCCCGUCCAUGUGUCUGGAUCUCAGAGCUCCACGUUGGAGGCUGCUGUGGGGUCGGAAGUGGUCAGCCGAGCUCCAGGUCCACCUCCUUGGGCCGUGCGUCCCUGCUGGUGGAUGGAGGGCUGGGCAGCAGGUCCCUCCUGCACUGUUAAUCUGUGCUAUUCUAAUGUAAUUUGUUGUGUCCGAGGAUGAUGGAGAGCCAGGCGCCAA